AUGGAACAGCCAAUACAAGCUAGAGAGUCCGUGUUCAACUUCCCAUCCAGUGGAUUUACACCCAUCUCUGAACGCAUUGUGCAACUGAUUUUGACCGGUCUCCGCACCUUAGCUUUGGGAGCUCGAGAGGAUAGCUUUAAAGCUGUUGGUGCAGGGUCUAUGUCGGCAUCCAAGCUCCCGCUUCUGUGGUUGGCGCAGGCUUGCCUGAUUUUAGCAUCUAUUUCCUGUUUCAGAGGUUUUUCCCGCAACUCCGGUGUCUCUGGGCCUCAUGAGGGAGGAUCAGUCUGUCGUUUGGUUACACCAUCCAACUUCUAUGGUGACCCCGUUGUAUGGAAUCAGUGGUGCCCGGGCUUCCCUAAAAACAUGGAUAGCGAACAGAAUGAUCUUCACCCAGAUAUUCAGUUUGACAAAGAAAAAGAUUCACACUUCACUUGGAAUUCAUUUAAAGUGCUUAUCGAAAACAUCUUGGACGCGUCUAAAGGGUACAUUCAGCCCUGGGACGAUAUAAACCAUUUUGAACAGAUAUUGACACGUUAUCGCCUCAAUAACACUCUGCUAGAGAACGUGAUCCAAGACUGGAAUAUGGAUUACAUGUUUGGCUAUCAGUUUUUGAAUGGCUGCAAUCCUGUUAUGAUCAGCAAGUGUGUGGAACUUCCAGACAACUUUCCAGUCACACAUGAGGUGGUGGAGGGCUCUCUGCAGAGAGGUCUCACGCUAGAAGAGGAAUUAAAGGCAGGAAACAUCUACAUAGCAAAUUAUAAAAUCUUGGAGGGAUUGCAAGCCAAUAAGUCAAGCUAUUUGACUGCACCCAUCUGUCUACUGUACAACAACAGACUGAACCAAAUUGUGCCAAUUGCCAUUAAGCUCAGUCAAAAACCAGAGGAGGAAAUGAGCCCAAUCUUUCUCCCAAGCGAUGAUGAAUACGACUGGAUGCUUGCCAAGAUGUGGGUAAAAUCUGCUGAUUUUAAUGUACACCAGCUGGUCACACACCUUCUCAAGACACACCUGAUCUUAGAGGUGUUUGAAGUAGCCAUUCACAGACAGCUCUCUGUGGUCCACCCUGUAUAUAAGUUACUGAUGCCUCAUGUCCGUUUCACAAUUGCAAUCAAUGCAAAGGCCCGUAAAAUUCUCAUCAGUCAAGACGGGAUCUUCGUCAAGAUUAGUAGCCUAAGUGGAGAUGCGAUUGAAGAACUGAUGAAAAGGGGCAUGGAUACUUUAACCUACAAGUCCCUGUGUUUCCCUGAGGCUAUAAAAGCUAGAGGAAUGGAAGAUGCACCCAAGUACUAUUAUAGAGAUGAUGGCAUGAAGAUCUGGGAGACAAUAAACCGUUUUGUUUCUGAUGUGGUCGAGAUCUACUAUGACAGCGAUGAGGCGGUUCUGAAAGAUGUGGAGAUUCAAGAAUUUGUUAAGGACGUAUCCCUCUUUGGCAUUGAAGAUAAGACUGAUAAGUUCCCAAAGUCUCUGAAUAGUCGAGUGGAGCUAGCCGAGUACCUGACUGCUGUGAUAUUCACAGGUUCAGCACAGCAUGCUGCUGUCAACUUUGGACAGCUUGACUGGUAUGGCUGGAUCCCCAACAGUCCUUCCACCAUGCGCAAGCCGCCUCCUCAAGAGAAGGGCAUAGUGGAUCUGGACGUCAUCAUGAAAACUUUGCCUGACCGUGAUUGUUCCAGUUUGGUUCUAGGAACAGUUUGGAGCCUCAGUCAGUUCCAGAAAAAUGAGCGGUUCUUAGGCAUGUAUCCAGAUAUGUACUUCACGGAGCAACCAGUGAAGGAAGCCAUCAAGACUUUCUGCAAGAAACUAGAUGAUCUGACCGACCAAAUCAAGAGCCGGAAUAAAACAAUAACAAUGGAUUAUUGUUAUUUGUCCCCAGAUCAAAUCCCCAACAGUGUUACAAUUUAA